ACUGAUAGGUGGGUCCUGCACCAGAGACCCUCAAGUUAGAAAACCAUCGUGCACAGUGCACUACGCAAACUGCUUAUAAAAGAGGGGCCUGGACAACUGGUUCUUGGCAAAACCAGAAGUAAGCAAGCAAAAGCAGUAGCGACUAGCAACAAUGGAGAGACGUAGCAGCAUCAGUGCGAGCCUUGCUCUUGGCCUUCUGCUCGCCACCACCGUUGCUUGCUAUGGUGCCAGGGACAUCCCUGCAGCUGAGCCCAAGCCCUACCAUCCCCAGAACGUCUUUGGGUUUGGUGGCUUCUACCCUGGCCCGUCGGUCAACUGGGUGUUUCCAGGGCCAAACGGCGUCACGCCACAGGUAGGCUUCGGCGGGAUGCCGGGCUCCAGCUCCUUCCCUGGCAUUGGUGGCUCGCCAUUGACACCUGGUGGCGCUGACGCGGUCGGCAUUCAUGCUGCUGCCAAUCCCUGAUUGUGUUGCUGUCUUGGUGUCUUAGGGUUUAAGGUUCUGCUUGUUAGUGCUAUGCAGGUAGAUGUCACUGUGGUAGUAGCGUAAGUUUCUGGUUGCUCUAGUUGGUGUGUGUUGUUUGCAAGGGAUCUAUGGUGUCCUGUGUCUGUAAAAGACUUUGUUCUUGGCUGCCUAUUAUUUAGACUUACGAUCUUGUCUUCUUCUUAAAA